GUUGCCUAGUAACUGGCUAAAGACGGGGUUUAUUUACAUGUGUUGUCUAUGGUGCCAAUUUGACGUGUUUUACAAUCUGGACUUUGUAAACAUGACUGGACGCAACGCAACUAUACUGUCUUGAAGCGAGCGAUGUUGUCCGAGGGCCCGCGGACGUUUGAAACGGCCAAAGACGUCAUCCUGUCCGCGCACAAUAGCACUUCCAGGCCGGACCAGAUCCAGUUCUACGACCGGUGGGCCCAAACUUACGAGCAGGAUGUCGAUCUUAUUGAGUACCGUGCUCCCGGGCUGGCAGCGGGCCGAGUGUCUGACCACUUUAGCGGCGAGCGCCGAACAGCCGCGGUGUUAGAUGUGGCCUGCGGCACGGGCAUGGUGGCCCAGAUGAUGAAACGUGAUGGGUUUGAGCGCUUUGUGGGCGUCGACGGUAGCAAGGGGAUGCUGCAGCAUGCCAGAGACAGUGGACUGUAUCAGGAUCUCAAGUUGGCCAUGCUCGGCGACCAAACGCUUCCUGUCCCUGCAGAUGAAUUUGAUGUGGUGAUGAUUGUUGGCGGUCUCAGUGCGAGUCACGUUCCCGUGAAGGUGAUCCGUGAGUUGUGGAUGGCCGCUAAGCGGGGGGGCCUCAUCUGCAUGACAACCAGGAGUAAUCAUGACAAUCUCGAAUACAAGGAGGCCUUGGAAGGUGAAAUGGCGGAAAUGGAGGCCGAGGGACUGUGGCACCGCAUUGACGUUACUCAUGUGACCGAAUGGGAGCGAGGGGUGACUGACCAAGAGAGGGGAUACAUCCCUGGAUGGGUGUAUGUCUUUCAAAAGCUCUAAAACUGUAUAGUAUUCAAUAGUAUGUUAAAGUACAAGUAGUGUGUAGUUCUAAGAUGUAGUAACUAGGAUGCAGUGCAUUAAUAAAUGUCAUUUCUGUGAA